GACGCCAUUAAUGAGAUGGACGAGUACUUCAGUCCUAUCCACACGUACCAGGUCUGUAACGUGAUGAGCCCCAGCCAGAACAACUGGCUGAGGACAGUCUGGAUCCCUCGAGAGGGAGCGAGGAGGAUCUACAUCGAGGUCAAGUUCACCCUAAGAGACUGCAACAGCAUGCCUGGAGUACUGGGCACCUGCAAGGAAACCUUCAACCUGUACUACUACGAGUCGGACAGAGCGGUGGGCUCGGCUAUACGGGAGAACCAGUUUAAUAAGAUUGACACCAUCGCUGCUGAUGAGAGCUUCACGGGGGUGGACCUGGGGGUCCGCAGGCUUAAACUCAACACUGAGGUGCGAGGGGUGGGCCCCCUGACCAGACGAGGGUUCUACCUGGCCUUCCAGGACAUCGGCGCCUGCAUCGCCCUCACCUCUGUGCGGGUGUACUACAAACGCUGCGUGGGUGUGAGCCGGAACCUGGCGGUGUUCACCGAUGUGGUGACGGGCGCCGAUUCCUCUUCGCUGGUGGAGGUCAGGGGUCAGUGUGUGGAUCACGCAGAGGAGAGGGACACGCCCAAGAUGUACUGCAGCGCCGAGGGGGAGUGGCUGGUGCCCAUCGGGAGGUGUGUGUGCUCCGCUGGGUUCGAAGAACACAGAGACUCCUGCGUUGCCUGUGAGGUGGGUUUCUAUAAGCCAGUGGCGGGCGAUGGCCUGUGUGGUAAAUGUCCUCAGCACAGCCACUCAGAGACCAGAGCUGCCCUCUCCUGCCCCUGUGACUCCAACUACUAUCGGGCAGCGGAUGACCCACCAGCGGCUCCAUGCUCCCGCCCUCCAUCUGCUCCAGUAAGCGUCAUCUCCUCGGUCAAUGGGACGUCUGUGAAUUUAGAGUGGGAUCGCCCUCUGGAUACUGGAGGUCGCAGCGACCUGCAGUACAGCGUGUUGUGUCUGAAAUGCUCAGGGGAAGGAGGGCCCUGCGAGAACUGCGCAUCCUACCCAGGAGCUGUUCGAUUCGUUCCCCGCCAGACCGGGUUGACAGAGGCCUGGGUGACGGUGCUCAACCUGGUGGCUCACACCAACUACUCCUUCCGCAUCCUGGCUAUGAACGCAGUAACGCACCUGAGCAACGAGCCGUCACCUUACGCCUUGGUCAACAUCACAACGAACCAGGCAGCCCCCUCUGAAGUGUUAGCGAUCCGCCAGGAGAACACCAGCCAGAACAGCGUGACUCUGCUGUGGCAUGAACCCAACCAGCCCAACGGAGUAAUCCUGGAGUACGACAUCAAAUACUACGAGAAGGACAAUGAAGAGCACAGUUACUCCACUCUGAAGUCUAAAAAUACCAGUGCCCGAGUGUCAGGGCUAAAGCCGGGCACCAAGUACAUCUUUCAGGUCCGAGCCAGAACGUCAGCAGGCUGUGGACGCUUCAGCCAGAAUGUGGAAAUCCAGACUGGGAAAGCAGCUCCUCUGCGCUACAACACCAUGACCAUCAUUUGGAUCUGCAUGGCCCUGGUGUCCGGCCUGGUCACCUUCCUGGCCAUCAUCAUCUGCAGGAAACGACACUGUGGCUACAGCAAAGCUUUCCAGGACUCUGAUGAGGAGAAGAUGCAUUACCAGAACGGCCACGUGUCAUUCCCCGACGCGAGGUUCUAUAUCGACCCGCACACAUAUGAGGACCCCUGCCAGGCGGUCCACGAGUUUGCCCGAGAAAUUGAAGCUUCCAGGAUCAAAAUAGAGAAAAUCAUUGGUUCAGGGGAGUUUGGGGAGGUGUGUUAUGGACGUAUGAGACUCCCAGGGAAGAGAGACAUUCCAGUGGCCCUGAAAACGCUGAAGGCAGGAUACACCGAGAAGCAGAAGAGGGACUUCCUGGCCGAGGCGUCCAUCAUGGCCCAGUUCGACCACCCGAACGUCAUCCGCCUGGAGGGAGUGGUAACCCAGAGCAAACCAGUGAUGAUCAUCACAGAGUACAUGGAGAACGGCUCUCUGGACUCCUUCCUCAGGAGACACGAUGGCCAGUUCACCAUCAUCCAGCUGGUCGGCUUGCUGCGCGGCAUCGCGGCCGGCAUGACCUACCUGUCUGACCUGGGCUACAUCCACAGAGACCUGGCUGCCCGCAACAUCCUGGUCAACAGCAACCUGGUGUGUAAGGUAAGUGAUGUAUCCAUUUAAAGUCUGACACACUCCGGUCAAACGUCUUUAUGUUCCUACCAGGGUGGGAAAAUUCCAAUCCGCUGGACCGCCCCGGAGGCCAUCGCCUACAGGAAGUUCUCCUCCUCCAGUGACGUGUGGAGCUACGGAGUGGUCAUGUGGGAGGUGAUGUCCUACGGAGAGCGACCAUACUGGAACCUCACCAACAGAGAUGUGAUCAAAUCUGUGGAAGAGGGCUACAGGCUGCCUGCUCCUAUGGGCUGCCCUGCUGCUCUACACACUCUCAUGCUGGACUGCUGGCAGAAGGAUCGCAACGAGAGGCCGCGCUUUUGCCAGAUAGUCACCGUUCUUGACAAGCUAAUCCGCAACCCGGAGAACCUGAAUCCUCCGCUGAUGGACAGAGCCAUCCCAGACUUUAGUAGCUGUAACUCAGUGAACGAGUGGCUGGACACCAUAAAGAUGAGCCGCUACAAGGACCACUUUGCAGCAGGGGGGUACCACACUCUGGGACACGUCAUAGGCAUGAACCAAGGGGACAUCCAGAGGCUCGGGGUGACGCUGAUGGGCCACCAGAAGAAGAUCAUGACCAGCGUCCAGCUGAUGAGGGCGCAGGUCCUGAACAAGAGCGUGCCGUCUGUGCACGUAUAACUCCUACGCAGAGGUUUCUGUAUGCUGAAAUCUAGAAACCCAGGCUUCUACAAGGUCUAAAAGGGACUCCGUGGGAUUUAAGAUGGUCUGAGAAACGGGAGAAGAAAAUAUGUGGGAACUUUACAAGACUUUUUCCUCAAGAAAUUGAAGAACAAAACGUGAAAGGUUUUAACUGUGGAGCUAGUAAACAUGACUUCUACGGGACAAGUCUGACCUUUCAUUUUUUUUCCUAUCUGAUUGCAUUUUCUGAGUUUAAGCGUCUUGUUUAUAAAUGGAAAGACUGCCUUAAUUACCACAAAUUAUUUUAAUUUUAUUGUCUACAAAGAGAAGAUAAUUUAUCAAUCAUGAAUUUAUCAGAGAGAUACGAUUUACUGAA